UACGAAGCAGAGAACGCUUUCUUCUCCAACCUCAAUCUGGCUGACUUCAACAUCUUUGACACACUGGGGGUUGGUGGCUUUGGCCGCGUAGAGCUGGUAGGAACCACAGCUGCUACUUGUCGGCCUCCUGACCUAAUAGCAAGCUAUAGCUUAAUGAAAGGUGCCUUGAAUAGCGUUGUGUAGCCAAAAUGUUGAAUAAACUGUCCUUUGAACUUACUCUGCCAGUUGUCCACUUGGAUGGUUCUUGUGCAAAAAAUAUGAGACAAAAUAUCCACAGAAAAGUAUUGUUAAACCGACUUUUUAAAAUGCUGGUACUGCCGUUGCGAUUUCUAUCACCUGGCACAUGCACAAAACCAUGUAAACACCUGCACGAGUUUGGUUAGAAUGCAUGUAUCGCCUGCUUGUAUUUACGUGGUGUGCGCGUGACUCAGGUGAUGAACAAACAAACCAUGAGAGCCACGCACAGAGACCCGCAUAUUGAAGUCGGUUUAAUAAUACUUUCCUAUGGAUAUUUUGUCUAACAUUUCCAACGGCAUAAGGGUGAACUCCACGGACAGUUAAUUCAACAUUCUGACUUGUAAAGGGACUCUUUAGUCUUCUGGAUUCUAGCGACAAGUAUGGGAAGUCCACACUCGGAAGCUUAAGAAGCUGCAACUUACAUUGUAGUGCAUUGAUGUGUCAUUGAACUGUUGCUUACAGCUAACAGUGCUCUCCUCUCUCCUGUGUCAACAGGUCCAGCUGAAGAGUGAUGAGUUGAAGACUUUUGCCAUGAAGAUCCUGAAGAAGCGUCACAUCGUGGACACGCGGCAGCAGGAGCAUAUCCGCUCUGAAAAACUAAUUAUGCAGGAGGCCCAUUCUGACUUUAUUGUCAGGUAGAGACACGCAUGCAAUGCCUGUCCACAGACACUUUUAAUUCACAGUAAAACCUACAGAGGACCCACCCUCCCCCCGCCACUGUCUUGAUAUCUUUGUACUCUGUGUUUCGUAUUCAGACUAUACAGGACGUUUAAGGACAGUAAGUAUCUCUACAUGCUGAUGGAGGCUUGUCUGGGAGGAGAGCUGUGGACCAUUCUUAGAGACCGGUGAGUGUUAUACCUUGACCAAACCGGCUCCCCGUGUGCACCCGCAUGCACCAUCGUGCGCAUGUUGAUUUUGUCUAUCCCCACCAGACGCAUUCAUGACACGCAGAUUAAAAUACCAAAACCAACUGUGAAUCAACUAUAUUAAUUUGGGGACAGGUCGAAACACACAUGAAACAUUCAUAGACAUUUAGCUGACUUGCUGUUGCGAGCUAAUUUGUCCUGGGAGAUAAACAUUAGGUUGUUAUUUUACCUGAAAUGCAUGUGCUCCUUUUUUUUGCUGGAUCUUUGUAGAUUUUUUAGUCAUACAAAAUCAUGUGUUCUCUACUCCGACAAUUAAUCCACAGAUAAAAGGGGAAACCUAGUUAGUUUUUAGUUAGUUAGUUAUUUGAUUUAUCUCUCCGCGUUCAUCUUUCAAUCACCCACGUGGGUUAGUAUGCUCGUGAAAAUCAAUGAGUAGAGUUGGGAGAGGUGGGACUUGCAACGCGUCAAGCUUCUAAAAUAGAACCAAGAUCUAUUUUAGCGCCUGGCUACGCAGACGCCCAUUGACACCCGCGACCAGUUUGGAUGAAAUUAUUGAAUAACAACGUGGCCGGACUAGCCAGCAUGUCAGGUCAAUAUUUCAACUAAUUUCAUUGUGCCUCGCAUGUGUUUCAGUGAGUCUGUGGAAGAGCUGGUCAAUGUGAGCUUGUUUAAAAUAUGAUGGUUAUUUUAGAGAUUAUUGUCACUUCCUUCUCCAGGGGUUCAUUUGAGGACUCCACCACCAGGUUCUAUACAGCUUGUGUGGUGGAAGCAUUCGCCUACCUGCAUUCCAAAGGCAUCAUCUACAGAGACCUCAAACCAGAGAAUCUUAUACUGGACCACAGGGGCUACGCCAAGCUAGUAAGGGACACACACUGUGGAUUCAAAGCUUGAUGGCCCAAACCUCUAACACUUUGAUCUAUUAACGCUGCAGGUUGCCUCUAAGAAUGUAUUUUCCCAUGUCCUUUGUUUAGGUGGACUUUGGCUUUGCCAAGAAGAUAGGGUUUGGGAAGAAAACGUGGACGUUCUGUGGAACACCAGAAUACGUGGCACCAGAGAUCAUUCUGAACAAAGGCCACGACAUCUCAGCUGACUACUGGUCUCUAGGAAUCCUCAUGUUUGAGCUCCUCACCGGCAGGUAUACAGACAAACCUGAUAAUUACUCUUAAAUAAAAGUGAAAGGCCAGAUGUAAACUUAGAUUGGGAGAAAUGUUAGUGUCUACUUCUACCCUGGUCUUCCAGCCCUCCCUUCUCUGGCCCUGAUCCCAUGAAAACAUAUAACAUCAUCCUGAGGGGCAUCGACAUGAUUGAAUUUCCAAAGAAGAUUACCAAAAACGCUGCCAACUUAAUAAAAAAACUAUGCAGGUGAGUCCCAAACCAUUUGGUCCACCCUCAACAAUUACUGUUUAAAGCCUCAGUGCAGUCAAAAACAUGAUUUCCCUGUGUUUUAUAUACUGUAUAUUUCCACACUAUGAGGUUGGAAUAAUACUGUGAAUUGUAUGCCCUUUUAGUGUAAGAUUUGUUUGAAAAGACCACCUGAAAUUUCUGCCUGUUUUGGUAUGGGAGGGAGUUUUGGCCUUACAUUGUGACAUCAACAUGCAGUAAAUUAGAUAAUAGACCAAUAAGAAAGAGAGUUCCAAACCUCUCUGCCAAUAAGAGCUCAUUUUCAGUUUUCCCCUCUCCACUCAGACCACUCCCAGACAGAAAUUCCUCUUUGCUAAGAAGCUAUUUUUGUUACUUUUGACUAUUUUAAUUGAAAACAAUCACUGUAAGGUACUUAAUUGUUACCCAGAAAUUAUUUGAUAUUGAGUUAAAAAUGGCUGCAUUGGACCUUUAAUAUCAUUUGGUCUUUAGUAGAGAAUUUAAAGAUGUGUACAUUUUAGGGACAAUCCUUCGGAAAGACUGGGAAACUUGAAAAACGGUGUCAAAGACAUCCAAAAGCACAAGUAAGUUCAUGGAUAUGGAUAGCCAUAUUAUUCUACUAAUCUUCUCACAUUUAGAUAUUUAUAACAGUUUCUAUACAUUUCCAGAUGGUUCGAGGGCUUUAACGGGGAAGGUCUACGGAAGGGAACGCUGACACCCCCUAUCAUCCCUAAUGUAAGUCACGAACCAACAUUUCAGCAGCAAGCUGCUUUCAUAAAAGGUUUAAGUGGUUCAAUUCUCUUUCUGUCUUUGUCUGUCAAUCAGGUGACAUCACCAACGGACACAAGUAACUUUGACAGCUUCCCAGAGGACAAUGAAGACCCGCCCCCAGAUGACAACUCUGGCUGGGACACCGAUUUU